AUGUCACCGGACAGCAGCAGUAGGAUAUUGAUCAACCAAAUAUUGGAGCCAAGCGAUUCCGAAGAGCAGAAGAAAAGCGGAACAGUAGGGUUUGCACCAUCAUCGCCUCUCCUUUGUCUCCUUCCCUCCCCCUUCUAUCUCUCAAGGUUGGAAACACUAAACCCUCGAUGCCGAUGCUGGAUCUCUAACUCCCCUGGUGUCCCCCAUCUCUCUUGGUUUGCGACGUUGUUCUUCGGAAACGGUAGACUCUGGUUCCUGUUUAUCCCUGUUGUGUGCUUUAACUUUGGGAUGUCUGAUAGUGUGUCGGAUUUAGACAAUGGUAGCAUGUCAGAGUUGUUAGGCCAAUGGACUGAUGGUUGGAGCACCGAUUCAAGGGACGAGGAUGAUUCGAACGGGUUGAAGGAACCGCUGACUGAGGAAGGGGAUAGUGGUCCUACCAACAGUGAAUACGAAGGCUGGGAUGGUGGUGGAAGCAAUAUGCAUGCCUCCGUAGAGCAUAAUGGAAACUCCAAGAAUGUCAUGGGUAAACAAUUCAGCAGUCCAAACCCCUAUGAUUGCUUCUGUGGAGAUUCUAUUAAAGAUGAGGAGGGGAGUAUUGUCAGGAAGUUUUUCUACUGCAAUCGGCAAGGACUGCGUGAAAAGAAGCACUACGAGAGAGUUGAGAGAAAAAUGCCUCAUAAACCGAAGACGAGCACAAAUUGCAAUGCCAAGAUUGUGGUGUUUCUGGACAAAAGUUGUGGGAAGUGGCGGACGAAGACAUUGGUCAAGGAUCAUAAUCAUGACUUGGCGCCCCAAGAGUUCACUAAUGUAAUGGCUCAACAUAGGAAGAUCACAGAAGGGCACAAAGCGCAUAUACAUAGCAUGCAUGAAGCCGGGUUCCAGACAACUCAAAUAACGGGCUUCUUUGCCCACAUGUGUGGUGGAUAUCGCAAUCUUAACUUUAUACGUAAGGACUUGUAUAAUUAUAUGGAUGGAGUUAGGCAAUCCAAGAUCGUAGAGGGAGAUGCAGCCGCAACAACAAGCUACUUGAAGGACAAGGCUGAGUUGGAUCCGAUGGCAGUUGUGGAGUACUCUUAUUGCGUUGAGAAGCACAUUGGGCACCUAUUUUGGUCAAAUGGUCACAUGCAAUAUGACUACGAAUGCUUUGGUGAUGUGUUAGCAUUUGACUCGACGUACAGAAAAAACUUGUAUAACAAAUCUCUUGUGAUAUUUUCGAGCACCAACCAUCACAAGCAGACAAUUAUUUUUGGGUUUGGUUUGCUAGAGGAUGAGAAGAUUUCGUCCUACAAAUGGUUGGUAAGUAGCUUAAUGAGGCACAAGGAGCCGAAAGUCGUUGUCACAGAUGGUGAUGAAUUCAUGCAAGAGGCCAUUAGAUGUGAAUUUUCUAACGCAACACAUAGACUAUGCACCUGGAAUCUUGCUCGAAAUGCUGUUGUUAAUAUCAAGGACAAAGAUUUUUGUGCUGCGUUUAAGACUGCUGUGUAUGGUCGCUUUAAUGUGGAAGAGUUUGACAGUUAUUGGGUGGACAUGGUCACGUCAUUCAGUUUAGAGGACAAUGAUUAG